GCCUAGAGCGAGGCUAGGGUAGAGAGGCCGACCGAGCUGGAGUCGUCGGCUUGUGGAGGAAGCAGCUGGGAGCUGGCGAGAGCGUGAGCGAGCGGGCGGGCAGGCGAACGAGCUAGCGCAGGCGGGAGGGAGCGGCGCACGGCGCGGAGCAGCGGCAGCCCGGGCCGCGGCGGAGCCUCAGUCGGAGGGCAGCCCGAGCGGGCGCCUCGGUCCCCGCCCCCACUCGGCGGGGCAGUGCCCGGUGUUCCCCCGUGCGGGGGGCGGCGGCUGAGCGGACCCCACGGGACCGCGCGGGUGUUGCCACCUCGGCCGAGGAGCCGGCGAGGCCGCGGGGCCCUGCGAGCUGGGCCCGGAGCCCGUGACAGACGGGCCAAGGAGGGGAGAGAGGCGGCGGCGCAGGCGACGGGGAGGCAGCGGCAGCGGCGACACCAUGUCAUCCCCCAGUCCCGGCAAGAGGCGGAUGGACACGGACGUAGUCAAGCUCAUUGAAAGCAAACAUGAGGUUAAGAUCCUAGGAGGACUCAAUGAAUUCGUUGUCAAGUUUUACGGACCACAAGGAACACCAUAUGAAGGCGGGGUGUGGAAAGUGAGAGUGGACCUUCCUGAUAAGUACCCUUUUAAGUCUCCAUCUAUAGGAUUCAUGAAUAAAAUUUUCCAUCCCAACAUUGAUGAAGCGUCAGGAACUGUGUGUCUAGAUGUAAUUAAUCAAACUUGGACAGCUCUCUAUGAUCUUACCAAUAUAUUUGAGUCCUUCCUGCCCCAGUUGCUGGCCUAUCCUAACCCCAUAGAUCCUCUCAAUGGUGACGCUGCAGCCAUGUACCUCCACCNACCAGAAGAGUACAAGCAGAAAAUUAAAGAGUACAUCCAGAAGUACGCAACGGAGGAGGCCCUGAAGGAACAGGAAGAGGGCACUGGCGACAGCUCAUCGGAGAGUUCUAUGUCUGACUUCUCAGAAGAUGAGGCCCAGGACAUGGAGUUGUAGUAGAAAAGGCAUCUGCUUUUCAGAAAGACUAUUAUUUCCUAACCAUGAGAAGCAGACUCUAAUAUUCAUAUUUAAACAAAGCAAUUUUUUUUAUUACUAAACAAGGUUUUUAUGAAUAAUAGCAUUGAUAUAUAUAUAUUAUAUAUCACCCUUUAGAUCUUGAUUUCUUGGUCAUUUCUCAACCUGAGGUGCAUAGCAUAUUCCCACAUUCCAUUUUGGUAGCAAUAUGCGGUCCGAAUGCAUGCAUUCAUAAGUCCAUUUGGCCAAGUCAGCCUGUGUGCUACUGAGCUGUCAAGAGAUUGCCGCUCUCAUAGGAAAACAUGAGGAAAACAGGAAAAGUUUGCUUCUUUUUAUUGAUGGUUCCAAAGAAACAAACCAAAUCUACCAGCUCUUGGAUGAAGAUAGAACAGUGCUUUUCCAGAGUGGGAAGGAAGGGGUUGAGACGCGUGCUUUGAGAGCCUGUGAGGCUGCUCCGUCCUUGCCAGCUGCUCCCUAGUCCUGAGUGGUCAUUGGUGAGGAGCAGCGAGAUGCAGCGAGUUGAGUGAGACUUAGGGCUUUUGAUUUUUUUUUUUUUUUGACUCGGAUUUAAGUGCAUUUUUCUAGGUAGACUCCUGCCCUCCAUGCUACCAGACCUGCAGCCACCUUGGUUUUGCCUUGGAGAACAUUUGGGAAGCAUUUCCUGAACCCAUGUCCUUUUGGGGGUACAGCUUGUCAUCCAGCAGAGCUUAUUGAGAGAGCAGGACUGGAGGAGACGGGACUGAAGACACAGAAUGACAUCCGAUCCUAGCACGGGGCCUGUUGAUCCAUUGCCUGGACUGAGCUGUGAACCUGGACGCAGUUUUGGUUUUUUGUUUUGUGUUUCUUUUUUCUUAAUUUGUGUGAAUUGUACCUAGACAGGUUACAGAUUUAAUUUUCACCUAUCAAGGGACAGUCUCCUCCCUGGACAAGGCUCAGUGGACCAUCAGAUGGAGGAAGACUGCCCCGUUGUUUGAGCCCCUGUGCGACCCUUGACCUCCAGCCUUAGUUCUCCUGGAAGCUGCCAACUGCUUACGGGAGUGGGUAGUUUGGGUGUCUGAGACCCAGAACAUCCUAAAUUUGCAAUGGGUAACAGCUGAAACAAAUGGAAGUUUUUGUACCAAAGUGGCCCAAGGUGGGGAAGAACUACUUUCGAGAAUUGUUACGGAGGCAGGUUGAGGGGACGACACUUUGUCCCUCUGAGGUAACAGCCAGUCAGAUGGCUUGAGGUGCCUGACCCGCUGCUGCAGGCUAACUGCCAUCUAGUGUGCCCGGCAGUUUCAGACCUGACUCUGGAGGGAAUUUGGAGACAGUGUAGACAGCAGCUCUGCUCUGUAUUCUUUUUGACGAAACCAGAACAGUAGAAGUAGCCAAUUGUAAGACCUUCUGAAGACAUCUUGAAUGUCCCACUGGACUAACCUUUCUUUUGGUGUGUGUUUUUAGUUUAGGAGUGCUCUAUUCCACAAGGGUUAAGUCAAUGAGGUUGGAAAACACCUAUCUUUUUUUUUUUUAAUUCAAAAAGCACAAUCAGUCUUUCCUUUGAAAAUCUAUAUAAAGUACAACUUUUAGCAUGAUUAUUUUCCUAAAUACAAAGACAAAUAAUUUACUUAUUUUAUGUUAAUUACGGGCAUGAAGCAAAAGGUUUCUUUGGGGAAAAUGCAGUUUUGUAGUGCUGGGGUUGGUUCACUGUACUGUCCUCUGGCACCCUGGCUUGUUGAAAGGUGGCUUUAGCUGUGUGCCAUGUACCUGCUUACGUGGCCCGCUGUCCUCUGUGUGGUUAGGAGGGUUUCUGCUGGCCCUGCAGCUUGCUUCCCUGCGGAUUAGGCCUUUGCUCAUGCUAGAGCCUUCAUGUGGGUGCUACCUAGGGCAGGCUUGAACUGCUGGGUGGUGAUUGUGAGUUCAGACAAUAAAAAAAUGUAUUUUUUUCAAUACUGUAUAAAAAUAGUAUUCUGAUUACCUCCCCCUCAAUAAAAAAAAAAAAGUCCA